AUGGGUCCAAAGAAUGUUGGAUCGGAGGAGAUGUCCAUAACUUCUGAUGCCUCGACCGUUCAAGUGGAUAAUAAUGAUUCCAGGAUUCAUGGAAACAAAGUUGGUAUCAACACAGUUAUUGAAAAACCCGUCGUCCCCAAGAAGCAACAGCAACAACAACAACAUCGAUUUGGUAGCAACGAUGUGAUUCCAAACUUUGCCAAGAAUGGAACGGCGUUGACACAAGAAGAGCGAGCCGCCAUAGCCAAGCGUAAAGGGCUGUGUGUCCAGUGCGGUGUCAAGACGCAUACGAUUUCCGUCUUUAAAAAGGCACCUCUCACAAAUGACCAUGUGUACAAGGGUCUUUGUAUCAAAUGCAAUCCCACGGAACUUCCUGCCAUGGUCGUACAAGCAUGGGAACGGCGUAAUCCAAGAAUCAGUGCUCCGGUAGCACCGACAAGAACAAGGCGUGCCCAUCAUCAGCGCUUUUCUCAAGCCAACGUCGUCAAGCCAAAGAAUAGACUCGAAGCGUACACGACAACCGACGAUAGAGAUAUUAUUCCCAUUCGGGAUAUCUGGAAGGAGAGUCUUACCAUAGCACCUACAAUUGAAGAUGCACAAGAUUUAUGGCUGAGCAGUUUGGAUCGAGAAAUUUGGGAGCCAGAGAGGCCUCCAACAACAUCCACAAAAACAACAACAGGGAUACCUACUGCUUCGCAUCCAACUGUAAAUGGUCCUGCUACAGAACAGCCUCUCUUGGAUACUGCUUCUGCCACGAAAAAACCUGUGAUUCCCGAGCAAAUAAUACGAGGGAUCCGAGAUGACACAGCAUCAUCGGUGGCAUCCACCAUUGAUGAGGACGGGGACAUGGAAGUGCUGAGUUUGGGGACUCUCAUCAAUGAUUCGCUGCUGGACGAUGACGACAACAAGAGUGUGGUUGGAGUAUGUGUUCCGACAGCCGAGAACCUUCCAUGCUCCAAUUUAGCCAAGCUCAGCGGAUCUGCGAAGAGACCACCCAAGCGAUGUCGGUUGCUCAUCUUGAACCAUGUUUUCAUACCAUGGAGUGAUACAACAAUCCACCGAACCAAAGGGAAAUGUGAUAGAGAGGGUGGGCAUUGUGGUGGAUUGCGGUCGGUUGUCUGGCAAAGAAGAAAGCGCAGCAAGAAUCUGGCAGCUACCGUCCUCCGCCAGUUGAAUCUUUGCAAGAACAGCAUAGCAAGUUUCAGGUUGAGGCUUAGCAGUGGGACCAAGCAGCCUGCUGAUGAAAAAAAAAAGAUUGGUAUGAUCUAUCUGAUGAUCUACCGGUAUCUUGUGAAGGACGUUGCUGUGGUGGUCGCAAUUCUCUUCGUUUCUUCAGGUUAUGAUUGUUUCAUCUCCAAUGUCAUCUCUUUCCGCUGCCACUUGGUCAUCUAG